ACCAUAAGGUUAUAAUGCUAGAUAUGCACAUGAAAAUGUGUAAAAUCGUUUUCUCUACAAAAUGUGAUCAAGACUAGGUCGGAAAAGCAGUGGGCCAAAAUCAAUGAAAAGCGGGCCCCCUCCUUUUACUAAAUAACUGUCCGCAACAAAUAUUUGGUACGGGUGUUAACUGUAAUAAUCGCUCACCGCGCGGUAUUAUCAAAAGCUUUAGUUUAAUAUUGAAAUCUGUUGAUAGUUCUAUCGAUGAAAAAGAUUUAUUAAGUGAUAUUCAAGCAAUAGAAAGUGAAGUUACUGCUAUCCAUCGUAUCAGAAACGCCGCCCUAGAUAAGCCUUCGUCAGUAGUUCGUCUCGAUGUUUCGUCGGAAACGUGUCGUGAUCGCUUAUUAGCGCAACGAAAAUUAGUCGUUACGCCAUUCGAAUUUCCAGCUAAUUAUAUCCAACCUAUCAAAAUAAUUCGUUGUUUUAAGUGUCAAGAAUUAGGUCACUACGCUAACUGUACUAAUUUACUAAAAUGUUCUAAAUGUAGUGGACCACAUGCAAUUGAUAAGUGUAGCUCUAGUACAGAGAUUUGUCCAAACUGUGGUGAUAAUCACAGAGUUUCUUAUCCCGCGUGCAAAGUUAGACUAUCGUACAUUAAUGAACUGAAAAAUAAACAAUUCAGUAGUAUUGCAAUGGAUACAUCGGUUCAACAGCAACGUCGAUCGUACGCUGCCAUCGUUCAACCUCAAUCAUCACAACUAACUAACAGAAACGAAUCGAUUAAUGAAGACAUUUUAAAACAAGUCUCAUCUGUUGGUAUAACCGUGGAUUCCUUAAAACCUGAUAUCGCGAUACUGACCGAAAAUUUUAAAUCUCAGUUGGUUUACUUUAAUCAAAUGAUCAGCAAUGCGCACGUUCACCUAAAUAAAUUCAUUCAACAACUAGUUCCAACAUUAAUAAAAAUGACCAAAAUAUUGAAAUAA